UAUAUGUACGACUUCAUUGUACUAAUUGUAAUAAAUAUAUCUUGGGACCUAGAGGCAUCCAGGAGAUAAGGCUAGAUUGGACUUUAAACUUUUUUUUGUAUUCGGUGUGGAGCAAACCAAAGCUUAGAAGAUACUCAGUGGAUUAAGUUUUAUUGUUGUUUCACUCACAGAUAUGUCUUUCUGAGAAUUCAUUCAGAGUUAUUGUAGAGUGUGUAUUCUGUGGUUGGUAUAUACAGAUUUUAGAGUUGAUGUAUAUGUGUAGUUAGGCUUGUUUGUGGAUUAGUGUGUCUCAUUGUGUUUAGCUUGAAAUUGAGAACCUUUGUUGUUGUUUUUGUUAGUGAGAACAUUUAGCAGAUUAAGAUGAAGAAGUGGUUAGGAGGGUCAGCUGCAGACGGCAGUGAACCCGAGAAAGCUCCUCCCCGUGAAUUAAUAGAAUUGGGGCAGGAGCCAUGGAUUACUUUGUGGAGUAAGUGGGAAACAUGUACAAAGAUUCCUCUUGAGUAUUGGGGACAGCAGACCCCGAUGGAGGUAUUGCAAUACUGGGAGCAGUUUACCCCUACUAUUAAAUCAAGCACUCGUCUGGAACAUGCCGGGCGAAUGGGGGGUGCACUGCUUACUGCAUAUAAGUUAACUGUGGAAAAAUGCAAAAAACUGCAGGAGCAGCUGAAUGCUGUAAGAGCCACUCAGUUGGUACAACGCCAGACUUUACUUGACCUUCAGGCUGAAAAGAACAGGGUAGAAGAUAAAUGUGUUACUUUAGCUGAGAAAUAUGCUGUGAGAACUGUUCGACACAGACAAAGGAAAAUAGACCGAAGUGAUCGGGGGCCACGAGUGCGGGCUAUAGUCACUUCCCCUGAUUGGGACCCAGAGAAGUGGGAUGGUAACAUAUGGAGUAGUAGUGAUGAUUCUGAUGAGGACGAUUUUAUAGAAAAUUCAGAGAAGUUAUCAACAGCAGAUGAGUUGGCACAUAAAGUAAGGGCAGCCCCUGUUGUAGCAAGGGGCUGACUCUAUGAUAGUAGACGAUGUUGAUGCCACAAAGUUUUUAGGGUUAACCAAUGAUGUAUAUGUGCAAAAUGCUCUUUGGCGUUUAAGGCGAACACCAGGAGUUGAUAGAACUUUGGUUUCAGUUAUUGCUGAAGGCCUUAGUGACCGUUUUACUAAUGAUGGAUCAUGGCAGGAUGGGAGUUCAUCUUGGGUAUCUCUGUAUCAAGCAAUUAAAAUAUUAAAGGGGGAAGGGAUGAAAGUAACUAUUGAAUUGCAGAGCCCUGAACUUUACAUGCAACAGCCUUUAAUUCCAGUAAUGCGAAACAAACUGUUAGAAGGCUAUCCUGUACCCUGGAAACCAUACAUUAUUCCACUGUUAGUGUCUCACAUAGGGGCACCCAUAGAAGAGAUCAUAGAGAGGUUGCAGCAACUUGGUGACCUUCCAGGCCUCCCACCCACAGAAC